CCGCCGCGGCGAUCACCCAAUUCCAGCUUGCAGCUUCCUCCGCCGUUGGGAGAGAGCCUAAGCCGGGAGGGGAGGCCACGGAUCCAUGUCCCUCGCGAAGCGCUACGUGCUGCGCCUCUUCAUCUCGCUCAAGUACGUGACGGCGAACGUGGUGGACCGGCAGAGCGGCCGCAUCGUGACGACCGCCUCGACCGCGGAGCGGCCGCUGCGGGAGGGGCUGGAGUGCGGCCGCGCCUGCAACGCCAAGGCGGCGGCCGCCGUCGGGGAGGUGCUCUCCAUGCGGCUCAAGGUAGACGGCCUCGCGCGGGAGCCCAUACACGCCGACGCGGCCAAGGAGGUCGCCAAGAAGGGGUUCAAGAACCAGACCAAGGUCUGGGCCAUCCUCAACGCGCUGCGCAACCACGGGGUCAACCUCCACAUCGACGACGACGGCGACCACAGGCGGCACGUCUGAAGCAAUCAUCAGUUCAGCUCACCACCAGUGGCAGACCUCUGUUGGAUCCACCUUCCCAACCACCGUGACAAUCCCAGUGGCAACAUCCCCUACCGAAGUUUCGAUUCCUAUGGUGCAACGAUGCGAAAUGUGUCAGAAAUGGUUACCAGAGUCUUCAGAAAGAAAUAAACUGCGAAGAACAGUGAGCCACGCUGUACCCCUGAGACUCCCAAUGGACGCCAUGGCCUUCUCGACUUUCUUGACGCAGCCAAUGCAGCGGCACUGCAUCUCGACCUGGAGCUUGAACCGCCUGGCCCCCUCCUGUGGAUUGAAGAACCAAAUCCAUCUGUCACUCCUGAGCCCUGACGAAAAGACCCAGCAGAGGAAGAAGAAGAAGAUGAUGAUGAAGAUGAAGCCCCCUCACCGUCCACAUGGUAGAUUCUCGAGUCUCUUCUGUGAUGCUGUUCGCACAGUGGGCAAGGGUCGUUUUAAAUAGAUGCAUCGGGUGUUGACUGGUGAGUGCACGCCACCUGUCGCUUCGUUCGUUGGUCAGCUGCCAGUUAAUGGGAGGGAGCGGGGUUCCAUGCAGUUUUGUGAAUCAGAGGAGCCACCGGUUGGCAUGCUUGAUUGACCUGACCGUUCACA